UCACUUUCAGUAGUACUGAGUCAUGGAUCGUGAGCGCUAUGAUUCCCAUCAACACUCAAUUUCAUCCACCCCAACUUCACAACAUUCUUCUCAUAGAUCCCGUUCGCCAUACACUUCCGAUAGUCAAUCAUCCAUGUCUUCGACAUCAGGCAUUUCCCCUCGCACACCUCAACCACCUGCUCCAUCGGACAAUCUAGCUCGUUACCGUGCUCCCAGCGAGCCUUUCCCGCAAUCUCCCCUGUAUUCUUUUGGACCCCAUGACAACCUUGACGGUACGGCAUUCCUCUAUGACCGCUCCCCGGGUUCUUCGCAGUCUGCACAGUCGAACUCUUCCAACAUACAGUCCCAUUCCGACUCCAAUCAGCUUAUUCCUCCAUUUCAACUAAGUCAGAUGCGCGAGAAAGUUCCGCAUAAUUUGCGCGUUGACAGCUCUCGUGCACUGUCAACCAGUUCCAUGCCCCCUGCCGCUUCUGGACCCUCUGGAGGGCCCAGAGGACGAACUGUCUCAUCAGGGGCUCCCUCUCAGUACAUUGCUCCGUUGAUUCAGUCCCAACAAAUGCCCUCCAGUGUUGCGAUACAAGGGUCCAGGGAUUCCAAGACAUCUAUGCUGGCCGACGGCAUCUUGAUGACGGCGAUCUCAGCAGCAAAUGCUGAGCAUAGAGAAUUUCCGUGGUACUGUGUAUGGAAUCGCGCUCUUGAAAGGUACACAUUCCCCGGUUCAAUUGGGGAUGAUCUCUUCUGCAACGUUGCACCACAACAUGUUUUAAUUCGAUCCUUCGACUCGUCUCCGCCUGACUCACUCUCUUCCGGACGUGGCCGCAGUGAGGGUAGCAGGAGUGAAUCAGUGUCCCCCUUCUUCUCGGAACCAAGGACUCCUCCAAGACGCACUCAGGCCAAAGUGCCCCAUGCACAUGUUGUCCCUGACUUUGCUCAGAUCCUUCGCCGUAUCAAGCUGCCACCUUCUAUGCCGCCAGUUAUCGUACGUGAAAAGAUUAUUUGUUUGGUCGAGAUCAAGCCAAAGAGUCUGCGGGCCAAAAACUACGGCUUUUCAUCCGCGGCGAUGCAGAUCUCCCGUCAAGCCUACUUUGCUUUUAUGGGAGACUCGACGCUCACGACCAUCGGCGUAAUCCUUGCAUUUGGCAAUGUUUGGAAAUACGUGGAGUUUCCACGGCCUCUAGCAAACCUUCCCAGCACUUGGUCAGAGUACCAGGACCCUACCUUUGGGAGUCCAUCCAACUUGCGUCGCCCGGUCCCGCGAGUACCCUCCUACCUGAAGAAGCUUAGCGGAAACAAGGACAUGUGUUUCGAUUUGAUAGAUCCUCGAGGACUAUCCGAGAUCGCGCUGAAAUUUCUCGCGACGAGGAUUUUGGAACGUGAAAAGAUAUUUGAAUGGGCGAACAUUUAAAAAGCCAUUUUGGCGCGCGUCGUUCCUUUUGGUAGGAAUAAUGAGUUCAACCCGAUGGAUAUAGAGCGUGUUCUAUUUAUCGAUGUAUUAGAAGGUCUAGCCAAUGCAAUCCGAGGCUAUCUGCAGCCAGAUUCACCUCAUACUUGGAUUAUUCGAAAGCUAUGAUACAGUAGGGUCAAAUAUAUAAAGUCUUGUCUCCCUUGGCCUGUUAUUGUAUUAGAUCUAC